GUGUACUUAACACUUCGAAUCGUAACCAUUCUACGUGUUGUCUAUUCCACACACUUUGCUCCUUGUUUUUCGAUUUUUCUUUAUCAUUAUCCUCUUUCUCAUUUUAUCCAUUCCUUCUCUUUUUUGUUUUUUUCUUUGUCUUUCAAAAACCCUCUUAAAAAGUUAUUUUGGUUUCAAAAGCUUUAAUUAUAUAGAAGCUAAAUUUUGUCUUGAUUAAUUAUCAAAAUGUGUGGCAUACUUGCUGUACUUGGUUGCUCGGAUGAUUCACAAGCUAAAAGGGUCCGCAUCCUUGAGCUUUCUCGCAGAUUGAAGCACCGUGGGCCAGACUGGAGUGGGCUCCACCAACACGGUGAUAACUAUUUGGCUCACCAAAGGUUAGCCAUAGUUGAUCCAGCUUCUGGUGAUCAACCUCUCUUCAACGAAGACAAAUCUAUUAUUGUCACGGUGAAUGGAGAGAUUUACAAUCAUGAAGAGCUCAGGAAACAAUUGCCUAACCACACAUUCCGUACACAAUGUGACUGUGAUGUUAUUGCACACUUGUAUGAGGAGUAUGGUGAAAACUUUGUGGACAUGUUGGAUGGUAUAUUCUCUUUUGUUCUGCUGGAUACUCGUGACAAUAGUUUCCUAGUUGCAAGGGAUGCUAUAGGGGUCACUUCCUUGUACAUUGGUUGGGGACUAGAUGGAUCUGUUUGGAUUGCAUCAGAAUUAAAAGGACUGAAUGAUGAUUGUGAACAUUUUGAGGCUUUCCCACCUGGUCACUUGUAUUCAAGCAAAGAAAGAGAGUUCCGUAGAUGGUACAAUCCUCCAUGGUUCAAUGAGACUGUUCCAUCAACCCCUUAUGAUCCUCUAGUUUUAAGGAAUGCUUUUGAAAAGGCCGUCAUAAAAAGGUUGAUGACAGACGUGCCUUUCGGUGUUUUACUAUCUGGAGGUUUGGAUUCUUCAUUGGUUGCAUCUGUCACGGCUAGAUACUUGGCUGGUACAAAUGCUGCUAAGCAGUGGGGAGCUAAAUUACACUCAUUCUGUGUAGGACUUAAGGGUGCACCUGACCUAAAGGCCGGAAGAGAAGUAGCUGAAUUUUUAGGAACCGUCCAUCAUGAAUUUGAGUUUACUAUUCAGGAUGGAAUAGAUGCAAUUGAGGAUGUCAUAUAUCAUAUAGAAACAUAUGAUGUAACUACAAUAAGGGCAGCAACACCCAUGUUUCUGAUGUCGCGUAAGAUCAAAUCAUUAGGAGUCAAAUGGGUGAUUUCUGGAGAAGGAUCUGAUGAAAUCUUUGGAGGGUAUUUGUAUUUCCACAAGGCACCAAACAAACAAGAGUUUCACGAAGAAACGUGCCGCAAGAUCAAAGCACUUCACAGAUAUGAUUGCUUGAGAGCCAAUAAAUCAACAUAUGCAUGGGGUCUAGAAGCAAGAGUACCAUUUUUAGAUAAGGAUUUUAUCAAUGUUGCAAUGGACAUGGAUCCUGAGUUCAAAUUGAUAAAACCUGAAGAAGGAAGAAUUGAGAAAUGGGUACUUAGAAAGGCUUUUGAUGAUGCAGAGAAUCCUUAUCUACCUAGGCACAUUUUAUAUAGGCAGAAGGAACAAUUCAGUGAUGGAGUUGGCUAUGGUUGGAUUGAUGGCAUUAAGGACCAUGCUGCAAAACAUGUCACUGAUAAAAUGAUGCUCAAUGCAUCUCACAUCUUUCCUUUCAACACUCCAAAUACCAAAGAAGCAUAUUACUAUAGAAUGAUCUUUGAGAGGUUUUUCCCUCAGAACUCAGCAAGGCUAACUGUUCCUGGAGGACCUAGUGUUGCAUGUAGCACAGAGAAAGCUAUAGAGUGGGAUGCUUCUUGGUCAAACAAUCUUGAUCCUUCUGGAAGAGCAGCACUUGGAGUGCAUGUUUCAGCUUAUGAAGAACAAGUCAACUCAGUCAUCAAAACUGUAGAACCAGAGAAGAUUAUACCAAAGAUGCAAAUUUCUCCUCUUGGAGUAGCCAUUCAGAGCUAGUAUCAGUAAUGGCAAGGACUACUUGCCCUAAAAACCAAGAUAUUAUUAUUAUUAUCAUUAUAAUACUAGUCAAUAAUAAUAACAUAAAGGAGAAAAAAUUUGCCUUCUGUGUAUUUUAUCCAAGGCAAAUGUUCUAUUAUAAGGUUAUCUACUUAGAUGUAUUUAAGUGUUGUGGUGUUGUGCAAUCCACAUCUUACCUUUACUUUGAAUGAUGUGAUGAUUUGAAUUUCACUAUCAUAUUGUAUUUUGGUUUUUAAGAAAUGAUGUGUAUUUAUGUUAAAUUUGAAUUCAAGUUCCACUAAUAAAACAGUGCAUAUAUUAA